AUGUCCUUUCCAGCCCUUCGGAAGGGUGUCGUCGCCAGACGCGCUGUACAGCGAUGUCUCGCAACUCAUGCGCCGGUCGUCGAGAAAGACUGCACUUCCAUCACGCCGCCUUACGAAAAACUACUGGGGAAACUCGAGCGCGUACGGGAACUACUCAACCACCGCCCACUCACCCUAGCGGAAAAGAUUCUAUACAGUCACCUAACUGAUCCCGAAAAAAGCCUUGCCGGUGGAGGGAAAAUCAGGGGGGAUGCUUACUUGCAGCUAAACCCUCAACGCGUAGCCAUGCAAGACGCCUCAGCACACCUACAGUUUAUGAGUGCUGGUCUACCCCGUUGCGCGGUUCCUACGAGCAUCCAUUGUGACCAUCUCAUCCAGGCUGCUGAUGGGGCUGCAUCUGAUCUUGAGAGAUCCAUCAUUUCGAACCAGGAAGUGUUCGAUUUCCUGGAGAGUGCCGCGCGUAAAUAUGGCAUCGAGUUUUGGAAGCCGGGUUCUGGAAUUAUCCACCAAAUCGUCCUAGAAAACUAUGCUGCUCCUGGAAUGCUCAUGCCAUUAAUUUGUCCCGCAGACUCACAUACACCCAAUGCUGGUGGUCUGGGCUUACUCGCUAUAGGUGUUGGAGGAGCGGACGCGGUGGACGCUAUGACAGGAACACCUUGGGAGCUGAAGGCACCUCAGGUAGUCGGCAUACAUCUGACUGGUGAACUUGAUGGCUGGGCAACUCCGAAGGAUAUAAUCCUCUACUUGACCGGGAAGCUCACUGUUCGGGGAGGCACUGGUCGCAUCCUGGAAUAUUUUGGUCCGGGUGUUCAUACCCAGUCUUGCACCGGACUUGCAACUGUCGCGAACAUGGGAGCUGAAGUGGGGGCGACAACGUCUACAUUUCCCUACACGGCUAAUAUGCGCGCAUAUUUACACGCGACCGGCAGAGGUCCAGUGGCCCGUGCUGCCGAUGAAGCCGCUGCCAAGGGUUACCUUAGUGCUGAUGAGGGCUGUGAUUAUGAUGAGGUCAUCGAAAUUAACCUCUCGAAACUGGAGCCCAUGAUCAACGGGCCGUUUACCCCUGAUUUGGCAACCCCUUUGUCGAAGUUCGGUGCAUUUGUUCAAGAACGCGGGUGGAAGGAUGAGGUUUCUGCGUGUCUCAUCGGCUCAUGUACCAAUAGUUCUUAUGAGGACAUGACUAGGGUUGCUGAAGUUCCCUUUUUAUGCACACCUGGUUCUGAGCAAAUUCGUGCCACCAUGGAGCGUGACGGAGUAACGACCAGUUUGCAGGAGGUAGGCGCCAUGGUUCUCGCUAAUGCUUGCGGUCCAUGUAUUGGUCAAUGGAAGCGAGAUGACGCCAAGGGUAAAGAGAACGUAAUUUCAAGUCUCGUAACGACAGGGAAUAGUUACACUAUGAAUUUCCUCGCAUCACCAACUAUCGUUACCGCAAUGGCCUUCUCUGGGAAGCUUUCGUUCAACCCGACGACCGAUUCUAUAACUUUACCAAAUGGAGAGCCUUUCAAAUUCUCUUCCCCUAGAGGUCAAGAUUUGCCUUCGAAUGGAGUUAUUACCCCUAGCCCCAUACCAGAGCCUCAGCCAGAAACUGAAGUGAUCAUUAAAAGUGACUCUCAACGUCUUGAACUUCUGGAACCUUUCUCAAGUCACUUUGGACCCCAAAAUCCUAGAGGCCUCGAGCUCCCUGCAUUAAAGGUGUUGAUGAGGGUAAGAGGCAAAUGCACAACUGACCAUAUUUCUGCCGCCGGCCCCUGGUUGAAAUACAAGGGACACCUCACCAACAUCUCAGAAAAUACUUGUUCGUCCCGUUCUAUCGAAUUCGAAAGAAGUGCGGUGAACGAUGAAGGCGGUGAUAUCAAUGUCGCUUUCGAUCAUGACCACGGUGCAAUGGAAACUGCCAGUGAUACCAUCCCGACAAUCGCCAAGAGACUCAGAUCCCGUAACCGACCAUGGGCGUUGAUCGCUGACGAAAACUAUGGCGAAGGCAGCGCCCGGUGUGCCAUGAUUGUCGCGCGUUCUUUCGCUCGCAUUCACGAAACGAACCUCAAGAAACAAGGUGUCCUCCCACUUUGGUUUGUUGAUACGGCCGAUUAUUCUCGUAUCGGGUCCGGAGACACAAUCGAAACUGUUGGUGUAGCUACUCUCCUUGGUGGGGAUCCAAACGCCGCCAUUAAGCUUCGCAUUUUGAAGCGCAGUGGAGAAGCCAUUGAGAUACCCGUCAAACAUACGAUGUCUGCUGACCAGCUGAACUGGUUCCGGUCAGGAUCGGCAUUGAACUACAUCCGCUCACAGAUGGCAUGACUACGACUACGUGAUCCUUAGAGCCAGUGUACUAGCAGGGACAUGCAAUAUAUAUGCACUUUUGGUACGAAAGGUUCCCCGAAGAUUAAGCCCGAUGAAAACUGGCUUUCAUGACCCUCCCAUGUCGCAGAACAACUCCGAGAAGAGGGUUACUCAGUGGUAGUCGCCAUUUGCCCAAGCUGCGAAAGCUGCGCAACACUCAAAUGCUGCUGUCCUUGUAGCGCACUUAAGACAUUCUUCGCAAGUAGUACAGCGGACGUCGGCAUCCCUGCCAACUGGGCAACUUUGAGCGCAUGACUGUCGCGGUUGACGCCCGGCCUGAGGCAAUGAGAGUAGGUGAAGUAGCCAUCCU